GCAUUCAUUCCCAGUAGCAUUUGUAGGCAAAUGCAGCCAACUUUACUAUUAUUUACGUACAUCAGCUGUUUGAAAAGUUUAUUAAUUGGCAAUCAAGGCCUUGUUAUCAAUUUAUUUUGCUGUUUUCCUAUCAAAAAGAAACUCACUUGUCAAAUUAGCAGCCAUAAAUUUUUUUUUGAUAAAUAAAUGUAUUUGGUAGAGUAUCUACACAAUUUUAAACCCGAAUAAAUUAAAUAUAUGUGCAUUUUAAUUGAAGGCAAUUGAGACACCAUUCCGUACGGCAGUAUGCAAAAUUGAAAAGCUAAUUAUUUUUAAAAGUUAUUAGGUGCGCCCGUACUACAUCAGCAACUACAUAUUUAUGCAAAUAUAUAGUACAUAUACCUAAUGUACGUGAAGUAAACUUUGUGUUCAAUUGAACACUUUGCAAUUAGUUAAUAGCGCGCCUUCAACGGGUACACAAGCAUAAGAUAUACAUAGUACAAUCGCGCCGCCUGCAGAUCGACAGUGUGCUCAGAAAUACGUGCUUUGUGUGUCAUAUGUAUAUAUGUACAUACACACAUAUGUACCAACCGAAAGUGAUUGAUUAUUAAAGUACAAAUUCCAAAUAAACUAACGAACCCAACGAGAAGUAAGUGAAGGAGUUAAGAUGCCACCAUUCCAAGUUGUCGAUUGCACAAAGGUAUUAACAGGUGGAGUGAAUCGGGCAUUUGGUAAUAGAGAACCUUGGCUAGUAGCAACUAUUACGGCGACAACGGUGCUGGGAACUGUUUGGCUAUGGACAUUUAUCAAUCAUGAUGAAAGUAUUUUAGUGCGCGGCAAACGUCAAUUCUUUCGUCUUGCCAAACGGUUACCCGCUGUACGUCGCAAAAUCGAUGCAGAAGUCUCGAAAGCCAAAGACAAUUUCGAGGGUGAAAUCCGCAGAAGCUGCACAAAUCUUACUUGGUCACUUGAACUGCCCGAACACGGAUUGGGCCAUGAUGAAAUUCUGCAACUGGUUGAUAAACAUUUAAAUAUCGGUCAUUAUAACUGGCGCGAAGGGCGCGUAUCGGGUGCAGUGUAUGGUUUCAAUGAGGAAUUGGUUGAGCUAAUUACCCAAGUUUAUGGCAAGACAUCCUACACGAAUCCACUGCAUCCUGAAAUUUUUCCUGGUGUAUGUAAAAUGGAAGCAGAAGUGGUGCGUAUGGCAUGUACGCUCUUCCAUGGCGACGCCAAUAGCUGUGGCACGAUGACCACCGGCGGCACUGAAUCUAUAUUAAUGGCCUGCAAAGCAUAUCGUGAUUAUGCGCGUGAGACACGUAACGUACAGCGCCCGAAUAUGAUUGUGCCGAAGACAGUACAUGCAGCAUUCGACAAAGCAGCACAGUACUUCAAUAUACAUAUCAGAUAUGUGGAUGUGGAUCCGAAAACGCUAAAUGUAGAUGUAAAGGCCGUAAAACGUGCUAUUAACUCCAAUACAAUACUGCUCGUCGGCUCAGCACCUAAUUUUCCCUAUGGCACCAUAGAUGACAUCGAAGCCAUUGGCGCGCUUGGUGUCAAAUACAACAUACCCGUGCAUGUGGAUGCAUGUCUGGGUAGUUUUGUUGUGGCGCUGACAAGAGAAGCGGGCUAUAAAAUCCCACCAUUCGAUUUUGCUGUCAAUGGCGUAACUAGUAUCUCAGCAGAUACACACAAGUAUGGCUUUGCGCCCAAAGGUUCCUCAAUUAUAUUGUACUCCGAUCAUAAAUACCUCAAUCAUCAAUUCACUGUAACCACCGAUUGGCCAGGCGGCGUCUAUGGCUCACCGACUGUGAAUGGCUCUCGUGCAGGUGGCAUUAUUGCUGCCUGCUGGGCGACUAUGAUGAGUUUCGGUCAUGAAGGUUAUCUAGAAGCGACUAAGCGUAUUGUCGACACAGCGCGCUACGUUGAGGCUGGCAUACGCGCAGUGGAAGGCGUCUUCGUGUUUGGUAAGCCCGCCACUUCAGUGGUGGCAAUUGGUUCAAAUGUCUUCGAUAUUUUCCGUCUCUCGGAUGCGUUAUGCAAAUUGGGCUGGAAUUUAAAUGCGCUACAAUUUCCUUCGGGCAUUCAUAUUUGCAUUACUGAUAUGCAUACGCAACCGGGCGUGGCUGAUAAGUUCCUAGCUGACUUCAACGGGGCCGUUGAAGAGAUAAUGAAGGAUCCUGGCCGGCCAGUUGAGGGUAAAAUGGCUAUUUAUGGCGUGGCUCAAGGUAUACCAGAUCGCACGGUGGUGGGCGAUGUGACGCGUGCUUUCCUCAAUAGCAUGUACUAUACGCCAAACAAGAAAUGAGUUCUCGGGCGGAAAGUACACUUUGAGCGUGAAUAUUUUGUUGUUGAUGUUUUGUAGUAGCGUAUUUAAGUGUAGAGAAUUUAGAUGUCCCCAUUUUUGGGCAGAAGUUUCGUAUAAAGAGUUGUGCAAUUUUUUUGAGAAUGUAAUUUUUUAUAUUAGAUGUCCAGAUGCGACUCAAAAUAUAAUUUUUUUAUAACACAUACUAAUUACCCGAAUGCAAAUUUGAUUAAAAUAUAUUAUUGUGGAAUAAUCAUUUGAUUAUUCUUGUCCUGCCUAAUUUUAAUGAAAAUUCUUUUUAUCAAUAAUUAGUCGGAGCUGGAUAAUUAUGAUGCUUGCUAUAAAAAGUACUUAGUAUUCAAUUUAAAAUACAUGUACCUAAUUUCUAUAAUUCAAAAUCGAUUUCCAAUAAGGUCCUUUUUUACAUAUUUUGAUUUAUACUUUUUUAAUGGCUUUUUCAUUCCAAGUUUUUCUUAAUUUGCCUCAGCCUCAUGGUCCUUUAACUAUAUUAUGAUUUUUUAAGAAAAUACACACAAAUGUAUGUAUGUAUAUAUGUAUGCAAAGGAUUUUCGAGCCCAUCUAUACAUACAUAUUUAUAGUUUAAGCGUAAUGAUAAAAACAAAACUUACAUGCAUAUAUCUUUAAAAAUGUUUUUACUUGCAAUAUGUUAAAUGUACACAUUAGUUGAGAUAAUAAAUGUUUCUAUUAGCCAGAAAAUCUAAACAAUGUACAUACAUAUA